UGAAGACUGAGGAUCUGACGCUUUCAGUCAGAAGAAAAAACACAGAAGAGCUGUGGCCCCAACAGGUAUAAUUUCUGGAGUGGACAAUAUCAAAGGUAUGGUGGGAAAGCAGCAAAGAGAGCCUUCUUUCUGACAGUAACCCUACUGUUCUGCUUCGUGACAGCCCCUCCUGGGCAGGGCCUUUCAGCAGCACCAGAUGAGCCCAACACAGGCCCACCUUAAGGUGGCAUCUUCCCAGGGACCUGCACCAGCCAAUCACGUCACUCAGGAUGGACGGCUGCAGCACGAGAUAACCCCACUUGGCGCCAAGCACUGUACAGCGUGUGCCUUGUUCUGCUUUCCUAAGAAAGUUAAGGCUGAGCUGGUGAGCCUGACCCUUAACAGGCCUUUGGAAUUCCCCUGCAUACAGGCUACAUUAGGAUUUUUUUUCCAUUGGAAACGAACUUGAGUUUACUUUAGAAGCCCUUAUUUGGUGCACAAGUCUGGGUAUCUGACAGAGAUUUCAGCUUUGCAAGUGAGUUGGGGUUGAUUCCUUCUCUGGGAAAAACUGCUGGUCACUCUGGUCCACAGAAGUCUCAACACAGACGUAGACAAGGAAGGUUCUUGCUGGGACUUAGCCAAAGAAAACUCCAGAGGAACGCUCUGAGAACUCAUUUCAGGAUGAAGCUGCAAGGGCAAAGAAGGGCUUCUGACACAGACAAAUGCUGUCCACGGACCCACAGACGCCCGCGGACUCCUCUCCCAGCGACUGCAGCCCUGGCGGUGAGAAUCUGGCCCUUGAGAGGGCAGCUUCCUCUCGUGCUGCUGCUCUCCACCCUGCAGAGGCCCACGGUUGCAGUUAAAAUCGACUUUGACUUGGCACCAAAUUCCUUUGAUGAUCAGUACCAAGGCUGCAAGCAACAGGUCAUGGACGAGCUGAUUCAAGGGGAUUAUUUCACAAAAGAACUAGAAGCCCGUCGGGAUUACCGCAAGGUCUGGCAGUUCACCCAUGUAACCUGGUUGAACCAAGCAAAAGCUCUCCCCAAGAACAUGACUACUGCACAUGCCUUGGCCAUCUUGGUUUAUUCAUCCAACAACACCGUUCGCUCAGACUUCGCUAGCGCCAUGGCCAGUGCUGCUGGGUCUCCCCAGCAAUAUGAACACUCAUUCCAUUUCAAAUAUCUACACUACUACCUGACCUCGGCAAUCCAGCUGCUGAGGAACGAGACUGUUAGGAGGAAUGACCCCCUGUGUUAUGAGGUGCAUCACGAGAUGAAGGAUGUCUACUUAGAAGCCCACAGAGGUGCCACCAUUCGAUUUGGCCAGUUCCUCUCCACCUCCCUCCUAAGAGAAGAGGCACGGAAGUCUGGGAACCAAACGUUAUUUACCAUAUUAACCUGCCUGGGUGCACCUGUACAAGAUGUCUCUCUCAAGAAGGAGGUCCUGAUCCCUCCCUAUGAGUUGUUUAAAGUUAUAAAUACAAGCUACCACCCAAGAGGAAACUGGUUGCAACUGCAGUCAACUGGGAACCUGAGCACGUAUAACUGCCAGCUGCUGAAAGCUUCCAGCAAAAAGUGCAUCGCUACUCCCGCAGUUAUUGCUUCCGUCUCCUUUUUGACCAGUGUCAUCAUCUCUUCCAAAGGUGGAGCAUAAAGAAGGCUUGUGGGUUUUGCCUUCCCUGUCCCCUUUUGCUUUCUUCCAGUCCAAGCACCCUGACUACCCGUGGGGAAUCCUUCUGCACACCUAUCAAUUGAUGCAGACCUGGCUCAGCCCACUGCCUAUGAGUAACUUCUCCAUGGACACAGAGAUUUAUGUUGGAAUAGAAAAGUGAUCCAGUCAGAGCCUGUGAGAUACAAGCAGGGUACUUUAUGGGACUGGGCUGGGAGGACAUGGGAGCCAUUUUUUUGAGUGAAGAUUAGUGAAAGCAGAGUAUGAGCCUAGAAUCGCCAGUGGCUGCCUUGCUACCGAGAAGAGAGAACCUGCCUCCCUGAGAAUGCAGCUAACACAAUGAAAAAAGAGCUGAGAAAUGAAAAGAAAGUGAAAACUGAUGAAAGUGUCUGAGCCCCUAGAUCCAGCUGUGCCUGAAACUGCUUUUCAUUUCAUAAAUCAAUAAAUCGUAUUUUUGCUUAUAUAAUUUGAAUUAAAAUUUCUAUUUCAUGCAGUCGAA